AACGAAACCAAAACCGUUAAAGAGGGCGGCAUAUUUGUAGAAAUAUAUAAUAAUAAUGUCAAAUCCUAAUACUAAUUGUCAAAUCCAAUAAUUUUCUAGCUACUUUUAAAGUCGUUAUCAGUCAUUUCCGUACUGUGACAUAGAAUUCGAGAAAAUAGUGUUGCAAAAUGCUCUGAUAACAGAUAAUAUGAUAUGAUAAGAUUGAUGAUAACCGUAAUAAGAGCUCGUCAUUUCUUUCAGUUUAAUUCUUUUACCAUCAGAAAGGUGUCUUCUAUUAGAAAACCUUAUUUCAAAAUUUUAUAUCCCAAUUUUUCAACCAUGUCAUCAGAAACUUAUGGUAAAAUUCUCUCUGGACGAGAAGUAGCGAAAGAUGUUGAAAACCAAUUAAAGAAUGAAGUUGCUGCUUUGAAAGAGGAAAACCCAAACUUUGAACCUGUGUUAGCCAUUCUUCAAGUCGGAGGAAGAGAAGAUUCAAAUGUUUAUAUUCGCAUGAAAAAAAAGACUGCCAGUGCAGUAGGAGUAACAACUAAGCAUGUACAACUACCAAGAACAUCUACAGAACCCGAGAUUUUGGCUGCAGUUGAAGAACUGAAUAAUGAUCCACUUAUUCAUGGAGUUAUUGUACAGUUGCCUCUUGACACAGAAACUCCUGUGGAUAAUGCACGGAUAACAAAUGCUGUUUCUCCCAGCAAGGAUGUUGAUGGUAUCUGUGAUGAAAAUGCUGGCAAGCUCUCUCAUGGUCAAUUAGAAGGGUUUUUUGUUGCCUGCACACCCUUAGGAUGCUUAGAAUUAAUCAAAAGAACAGGUGUUCCUAUUAAAGGAAGUAAAGCUGUGGUAAUUGGAAGAUCAAAAAUAGUUGGUUUGCCCAUGUCUCUUCUGCUGUUAUGGCAUCAUGCAACUGUUACUAUAUGCCAUUCAAGAACCACAGACUUAAAAUCUGUUGUGCAAGAUGCCGACAUAAUUGUUGCUGCUGUUGGCCAAGCUCAAAUGGUAAAAAAAGACUGGGUCAAACCUGGAGCUGUGGUUAUUGAUUGUGGAAUUAAUAGUAUUAAAGAUGAGACCAAGGCUUCUGGCUCUCGGCUAGUAGGUGAUGUAGACUAUGAAGGAGUUAAAGAGGUAGCCUCAUGGAUUACACCAGUUCCCGGUGGUGUUGGACCAAUGACUGUUAUAAUGUUAGUUGGAAAUACAGUUAAAGCUGCUAAGAUAGCUCUUAAUAAGGGUAAAUAAAUUCCUUCUAGUUUUGAUAAAAUGAUGAUGUUAAUAGAAGAUGAUGUUAAUAGUUUUGUACAUAGCUAUGUCUAUUUUUAAUAAAAAGAUUUUUGUAUGAAA